GGUGCCGGAGCCCGCGGCGGAACGAGGGUACCAGGGGGUGACUGCAAAGCCCGGGCGGCCGGAGGAAUAGGUGGGCAGGAGCCCGGACUUGGGGGCCUCCGGACUCCCCACGCUCCACUCCCAGAAACCAUCGCGGCGAGAGGUCUCUCUUCAAAGGAGUUGGGCCGGGAGCGCUGAGCUUCCGGGCGCCCGGCUCUGCAAGGCCUUACCUGAAGCCCGGCUUUCUCGACCACUGCGUCUCCCUGGCUUCUGGGCUGGGAGAGGACACCUCAGGCAGUGGGCCCACCUGUGCUGCUUUGCUGGACCUCCUGGGCGCGAGACGACCCUGGGAGGAAGCACAGCAGGCUGGACAGGGCGCAGAGAGGACCCCGGGAGCAACUCCUCCUGCAGAGCUGUUCCAGUUUGACUGAAUUAUCCCGGAUCCCGAGUGCCACCUGACAGCAAACUGCAUGCCAGGAAAGGAACACCAGCUGUGCAGAAUCUGAUCUGUGAAAACCUAGGUUUGUUAAGAGACCAACAUGUGCUCCCCUGCCAGUCCCAAAAUCCUGUAUAGGAAUCCUCGGUUCCUCCGGUUAGCUUUUCUGCAGCUUCAUCAUCAGCAACAGAGUGGUGUGUUCUGUGAUGUCCUUCUGCAGGCAGAAGGUGAAGCAGUCCCAGCCCAUUGCUGCAUCCUGUCUGCCUGUAGCCCCUUCUUCACAGAGCGCCUGGAGCGGGAGAAGCCAGCUCAGGGUCGGAAAGUGGUACUGGAACUGGGGGGCCUGAAGAUCAGGACACUUAGAAAACUGGUAGAUUUUCUAUAUACCUCAGAGAUGGAAGUUUCUCGAGAAGAAGCUCAGGAUGUGCUUUCUGCUGCCCGUCAGCUCCGCGUAUCUGAACUAGAAUCCCUUCAGCUAGAAGGUGGGAAGUUAGUGAAGGCUCCUCAAGGUCGAAGACUGAACCGGGAAUGCUUACAACCUCCAACUCCUGCACCAAUCUCUGCCAGGGUGGUAGCAUCCAGCUGCCACCCUCGAACUCCACUGCCCAUUACCCAGACUCCCUGUCCUCUUGGGGCAAUGAGAGUGAAGUCCUCGGGGAAAGAGGAGGGACCCCAGGAGAAGAGCAACCGACAGAACACAGAGACCUUGUCUGGCGCUCUUCUGCUCAAGAAGAAGGCCAGAGCCUGCCCAGCUCUGCAAGAAAAAAGCGCUUCACCAAGCCACAGCCAGGGACCUAAAGAGAACAAGAGUGGCCCUGCCCUUGGUCCUCCAGCACUUUCCCCACCCGGCUUGUACCGCCCCUCCGUGGAUGAGCGACUCUUGCCCAGAAAGAUCAGGCUGAGUCGCUCCAAGCCGUCUCCUGACAUCUGUACAUCCAAGCCUUCCAGCAUUGUGAGCGGCCCCAGCUCAGUAUCUGCAGCUCCUGGCCGACGUCUUUGGCGGCAGAAGAGUGUAAACAGAGAUGCACCAGAGGCCAAGCAGAAACCAGGGAGGGAGAGUGCUCUACAGAGCACUCCAGGCAGCCCUUCUGGUCUUGAGAAGACAGGUGGGAGCAAGAAGCGAAGCCCUGAAGUCAGAACACCUAACUCAGAUGCUGCAGAGGAGGGGCAGGUAGGGAGAGUGAAGCUGAGGAAGAUCGUCAACGGAACCUGCUGGGAGGUGGUGCAAGAGCCUCCCCUCAAACACUCCCAAGAGAGCCCUCAGAUCCCAGGACCUGGAGACCUGGAAGAGCCUCCGGGGACUCGGCCACACUCUGUUAAUGAGCAAGAAAUGUCAUCGGCUAGACUAGACCCGCGUCAGGACUCACCGGUGUGCUCUAGGCUACAAGACAUUUUGCUGUCUGCUCGCCACUCCCCAGACCAGCCCACAGUGAAGUGUGAGUUUGGGGCCAGUCCAGAGCUGGUGGGGAAGGAGCCUGGAUUGGAUAUUGACUGCAGAGAACCCUAUGCGUUUGACACGACCCUGCUCGGGCCGCCCUGUGAAGCUGAGGAGUACAGAAUCACCAGUGCUGCUGCCGCCAGCGAGCUGGAGGAGAUCCUGGACUUCAUGCUUUGUGGCUCAGAUAUUGAGCCGCCGUUAGGGGCUCUGGAGAGUCCCAGGGCUGAGAGCUGCAGGACCCCUAAUUACCACCUGACAGAAACUGGAAAGAACUGGAUUGAGGGGGAAGAAUGGUGUUUACCAGACAUGGAACUCUGGCCCAGGGAGCUCACAGGAUUGGAAAAGGAACCUGUUGGUGAGAACAAAGAGUCAAUUGAGCCCUUUAGCCCCCUUGUCCUGCCCUCUGAGAACAAAGAGCCAAUUGAGUCCCUUAGCCCCCUUGCCAUCCCCUCAGAGAUGAGUGAAGGGGAGGUGCUUUCAGUGGGAGGCUCUUGGACUCCAGACCUGGAAGUGACCAGUUGCCAGCCACUGCAUGGGCAAAGGAACCAACUUCUCCACAUUGACUCCCUUGACCCACCCCAGAGGGCCUAUGGGGAGCUCUCACCUCCCUCUUCAAACUGGGGGGAGUCUGGGCUGGAAGUGCCCCUAAGUAUGGAUGAGGUAUUAUACCCUGCUCCAGAGGCAGCCAAGGAGGUAUUUGACAACUCUGACUUGAGCCCACUUCCUGCCAGCCCCGAGGAGGAAGAGAUUGACGUGGUAGACUGGACAUCAGACGGGAAGCUGGUGCCCGCCAACAUUCCCUCCGUAUGGCCUGACCCUUCCUCGGAGUCAGAAACAGAGAUAGAUAUACUAACGUAGCCAAGUGGGGAGGGAAGGUUAGGAGCACUGGGAGAUGGGAGAUGUCAGCUAGCAAAAUGUGUUCACAGAGAGGCUAGCACUGGCCCUAUUCUCUCUGCCCAAGAGUCAGAUGUACCCCUGGCUCUCUAGGCCUCCCCUCCCCAGAUUUUGGAAGCCAGGCAGAAGUAGUACCAUGGGUAGAAAAUUAUGAACUUGAACCACCUUAUUUCUCUGUAAUCUAUUUUCCAGUUAGUGACAAGUGAGACAAUAAAUUGUGGUCCCCCAACUCCAGAAGGCCAAGGCCAGGUCUCCCAGGUUAUGAGUUACCUAGUCACUGCUAAUUUGGGAAAAGUUGGUAAAUCACCCUCUGUGGUGGGGGGGUCCCGUGUACCCUCCAGAACAAGGUGUGAAACAGUGUUGGGACAGAACAUUAAGUGGCAAGGGACUAACAGGAUUUUACCCAGUAGCUAAUGUGUGGAGCUUGUUCACUGCAGAGUAUGGAAAGUCCAGCCAGAGCCUCCAUCUUCAUCACUUCCAAGAAGUGAGUUGAAAAAAGUAGUUGCUUUUAUAAAAAUAAAUUAUUUACUUUUUUCCCCCAUACUUAUUUCACAUCCUUUACCAGAGACUUUAGGGGUUCCAGGUAACUGAAAGGCGACUAAUCCCAGAAGGCUGGCUUUGUCCAUCGCUUACAUGCAGAUUAAGUUUUACUUUAUUGCUCAAAUAUUUUAUAUCAAACACUUUAAGUUUUAUUAAACAA